UUUUUUUUUGAAUAAUGAAAAUGAAAAAUAUAGGACUCACGUGUCUGAAAAUAGAACAAGAAUAUCUUACAAAUGAUAAAAAAAAAAAAUGAGGAACAUUGAGAACAUGACAUUCCUACUCAUUUUUUUCCUCAAAAUUGGUUACGAGUUGGAGCCUGUCUAUGCAAUAAAAGUAAAAAUUUGUUCUUUUUUUGAACCUUAUCUAGUUUGGUGAGAAUAUGUUUGUUAUAUGAUUCCAAAUGAAAAAGAUGAAUCGUGUGGACCUUAUACAUACUAUACAUCAAUAUUAGUUCUAUUUAUGGUUCAAAAUUAGGAAUAAGAAGGAAUUAUAUCAAAAUUACUUUAAAUAGUAAAACAAUUUAGGAAUGUAAAUUCCUCCUAAUUUGUUUCCUUAGUAACAUCACCAAUUAUAGCAAAAAAAAUCUUAUUUGUCAAAGUCGUCCUAUGCGUUAAAUAAAUUGCCAUUUUUAUGCUCCAAGACACAAUAUUUAAGCAUCGAAAUCACCAUGUAAUAAUAUCAAAAACGUGUUUAUAAACUCUAAACCAUAAACUGAGCAUCCUCAUAUCAAAAACAUGGCGGCACUGAAAACAACAAUCCUCAUCAUUUUCGGCUUCUAUCUCUCAUGUAUGUUGUUGGUGGGUAUCUUUGGAGUUCAAGUCGAAUCAUGUAGGACAGAUGAAGAGUGUAGGUUGCUAUGUUCAGAUGAAGGUGCGGAAUGUAUUCUUAGAGUGUGCAAUUGUUCGAAACUAAAAGUUGAGACUGAACCGACCAAGGCGAAAAGAUGCAAGACUGAUCGUGAUUGUCCUGUUUCUCAUCCAUGCCCUAAAGAUUAUUAUUAUGCUUGCCUUAAUAAUGGAGAAUGUACUUGUAUCGCUGUUUAAAAAACUUUAAAGCGUUAUUGUUCUGAUUCUCAUCAAUGCCCUCUAUUAUAA